AUUGCAUCCAUACAUUUGAACACGGAAAGCAAAUAUUUAUUAAAAAAAAAGAAAAAAAAAAAAAACAAGCAACAUUAUAAAAAUAAUAAGAAAAAGUUAAUUCAAAACAUCGCAACGUUGAAGAUAGGAAUGUCCCAUGAUAGAAAAAUGUUGGAUCGUGAAGCUGUACGCUCUGUUAUACAACAAUGGAAUGCAAAUCGUUUAGAUUUGUUUGCCCUCUCCGAACCAGAUGAGAAUCUACUAUUCCAUGGUGUUAUGCGUUUUUAUUUUCAAGAUGCCGGUCAAAAGGUUGCCACCAAAUGUAUACGUGUUGCCUCAGAUGCUACUGUUACAGACGUCAUUGAUACGCUUAUUGAGAAAUUCCGUCCAGACAUGCGCAUGCUGUCCGUACCCAAUUACGCUUUAUAUGAAGUUCAUGCGAAUGGUGAAGAGCGUCGUUUAAAUCCGGAUGAGAAACCAUUAUUAGUUCAAUUGAAUUGGCAUAUCGAUGAUCGUGAAGGUAGAUUUUUAUUAAAGAAUAUUGAUCAAAAAACAACGCCGAUUGAACAUAAUGAUAUCAAUUUUAAGAGAAAAUUAUCGAAACGAGAGAAGAAAGAGCAAAAGAAAAAGAAUAAAUUAGCUAAACUUAAUUCAGAUGGGACAUCGAAUGGCCCCUCCCAUAUACCGGGAGGCGGUACUAAUGGUUUACAUGGUCAUACCAAUGGAGCUGAAGGUGAAAAUCAAGUCGCUGGCAAACUUUAUACGGAAUUACCUGAAACUUCAUUUACUCGUUCCAUUUCGAAUCCUGAGGCAGUUAUGCGUCGACGGCGUCAGCAAAAAUUAGAAAAAAAAUUACAACAAUUUCGUUCACGAGAUGGUGGACCAGAUACCGGUGGAACGUUAAAAAUAUACGGUGAAAGCCUAUGUCAAGAUGUGCCUUAUAAAACCCUGCUAUUAUCAAUACGCGAUUGUGCUCAGGCCGUAGUAAGAGAGAUGUUAACGAAAUAUGGUUUAGAGAAAGCGGAUCCGUUACACUACUGUUUAGUUCAGGUCAAUAGCGAUGGUUCAGAGUAUAUAUUGGAUGAUGAUGAAUGCCCCUUAUCAAUAUUAAUGAAUCAUCCAACCUCGCGAGGUUCCAUAAUGUUUCAUGUGAGAAGACGUCCAGCUGAUUCGCAACCGCGUAGACGUAAGAAAAAGCCUUUAGGAGCUGCCAACGGGACCAAUCAUAUAUCCCACGAACGUGAGGGACCAAUGCUAGUAGAAGUUACGCAUAGCGGAGAUGGUGGACGACGCAUUAAGUUAAGCAACGAACCGGUCGAGGUUGGCUCGGCGAAUACUAAUUGUUUGCAAUUGUUUGGACCAUCUAUACAGCCGCGUCAUUGUUUAAUUUCACUUGUGGAAGGUGUCUGCACUGUGACGCCGCUACAUACAGAUGCCUUGACCUUUGUCAAUGGUCACCAUAUAACCCAACCCACAAUUUUACAUAACGGUUCUGUGGUAAUGUUCGGUCGUGUAGCAUCUUAUCGUUUCGUUGACUCACCAACGGACGGUCGUUACAAUUUGGCUUUAUCGCAGUCGCAAUUGGAUUCAGCAUGUCUCUACGAAAGUCGGUCUCCUACAUCUCCUGGCUCUUGGAAUGAUGAAGAUGGAGCAUUAAGUUCGACGCAUAAAAGUGAAUAUGAACAUCAUCAUCAUUAUCAUCAGCAACAACAACAACCGCAACAACAGCAGCAGCAUCAACAUCAUCAUCACCAACAACAGCAACAACAACAAGGACAACAACAAUCAAGCAAUCCACAUACUUCUGCUGAGCUUACGGAAGUUGAUGGUAAAUUGCGUGCGAAUGGUAAUGAAAGUAAUAAUCAUCAUACAGGAACCGGUAGCGGCAGCUAUAGCGGUGGUGAUGCUCAAAGUUUAGAAGGUAAUCUGGAAAAUGAAACUAAAUCAAUAUCCAGUUUAAAGUCCGCUGGUUCAAAUAGUCAAGAAAGAUCACCGAAAUUACCUUCAAGCUCGGCUAUGAGCAUUGUCGAGUCUCAAGGUCAAGAACCCAUAUUACCAGCUGUUUUAGAAUUUCCUGAAACUCAUCAGGAUCUAUUUUUAAGACACAUAAUCACCGAAUUAGAUGUAAAUUCGCCGCAUUUUAAACUAGCUCCUGUCUAUUCGCUUUAUUUAUGUGCCAGAUAUCGCGCUUCAACACACUACCGUCCAGAGCUGCAGCCUACAGAACGUGCCCAUAAAUUAACCAAAUUUCUACAUCACGUGGCCAGUCUAAUUUAUAAUGUUGUAGUUCAGGAGCAAUAUAAAGAUCAACGCAUCCUGGCUUUUUGGAUGGCGAACAGUUCAGAGUUUUUGCAUUUCCUUAAAUCGGAUCGUCACAUAAGCGCUUUUUCGGUACAAGCUCAAGAAGUGUUGGCGGAAAGCGUGCAGACCGCAUUUCGUAAUUUAGUCAAUUGUUUUCGCGUUGAACUCUCGCAGACUCUCAAUCAAUUCCUUUCCGAGACUAUCGAUCAUGGUUCGGCUGCUGGCCUAGUAUUAACAGUGCUCGGCUCGGCAAUGGCAUUAUUAAGACGAUGUCGCGUUAACGCAGCUCUGACGAUACAAUUAUUUUCCCAACUAUUCCAUUACAUUAAUGUGAUAUGCUUUAAUACGAUUGUUACCAAUUCUCACAUGUGUACCGCCGAGUGGGGUAAGGUAAUGACAGAGCGCUUACAAUUGUUGGAGUUAUGGGCCGAACGUCAAGGUUUAGAGCUAGCAGCCGAUUGUCAUUUGGCUAAAAUCAAUCAAUGCGCUCAGUUUUUACAAGCGCCCAAGACAUCUGUUGAAGGCGUGCAGCAAUUAGCUUGUACUUGCUUUCGUUUGAAUUCUUUACAAAUGGCUGCUCUACUGCAGCAAGAGAAAAUACCCAGGAAUCUUGUAGAUACCGCUUUGGGCAUGGCUGAAUCGGUAGCCGAUGAAUUGACACGUGCCGAUGGCCGUGAAAUUCGCUUGGAAGAGACACCCGAAUUACAUUUGGCUUUACUGCUGCCCGACGACGGUUUCAGUUGUGACGUUGUCCGGGGCAUACCAUCCGGAUUGGUUGACUUUCUAAAUCCUUUACAACAACAGGGCAUGUGCCGCUUAGCUGCCCAGCCCACCUCUAUAGGAUUGUGGACCGUGUAUAUGCAUCAAUUUAAUGCGCGUUCUUCUAGUGCGAUGUCAAAUAAGUUGCCUCAACCUGAAAAGCAAAUUAUUAAAUUACAAAAGAACUCGAACGGUAUGGGAUUAUCUAUUGUAGCCGCCAAGGGAGCCGGUCAAGAACGUUUGGGCAUUUAUAUAAAAAGUGUGGUACCCGGCGGAGCAGCCGAUGCCGAUGGACGGCUACAAGCCGGUGACCAACUCUUACGUGUCGAUGGUCAAAGUCUUAUUGGUAUAACCCAAGAAAGAGCGGCUGAUUAUUUGGUGCGUACGGGGCCUGUCGUCACUUUAGAAGUAGCGAAACAAGGCGCCAUUUAUCAUGGUUUAGCUACGCUUCUCCAACAACCCAGUCCUGUUAUCCAACGUGGUAACCGCCGCAUGUCCGAACGAGAUUUAACACGCAUGGGUGCGGAUAGUAGAAAUUUAGGUGGUCCCCUUACUUCUAACACUACACACUUACCUAAUAGUAAAUCGGUGCCCGCUUUACAUCAUCAUAGCAGCAGUGGUGCUAUCUCUAUGACAAAUUCAAAAUCACGCAGCACACAUAGUUUGGCCAACAGCAGCAAUCCUCCAGCUAAUAGCAAUACUAAUGGCAACAAUGGUGAACAAGGUUUCUACCAAAAUUUGAGUGUUUAUCGCAACCAAAAUCAGACACAACCGAUCUUAAGUGAAAGACCCCUCAUGCCAUCACAUUCCGCAAUGAGCACAUACAGUGGAAAUUCCCCACAAAAUUUACAAAAUCCUAUUGUAUCGCCAAUAAGUGGCACCGUUGCAACAAGUCUACCACAACAAUAUCAACAUCAACCGUCCCAACAGCAUGCAACAAUUGCAAAUCCAAUCAAUGGCUCUAACAUGCCUCCACCUAGUCGUCCAAUGUCCGCUUACUAUCAAAGCGGAGGAGCAAAUAUGUCAACUGCAGCUAGUGCUGCUACGGGUCAUCAUCAGCAGCAUCAGCAGCAUCAGCAACAACAACAACAACAACAACAACAACAACAUAAUCUAUCACAUCAGCAUCAUGGUUUUACACAACACUCCCACAGCGUUAGUGCUAGCAGCACAAACUUAAGUCACCAACAACAACAACAGCAACAACAGCUCCAACAUCAACAACAUAUGCAACUUCAGCAGCAUCAGCCAACUAUGACGUCAGCACAUUCCAGUCUGACAUUAAAUAAUCGUUCGAAAAGUUCGCAGAAUUUUAAUCGUGAAAUGCAAACGCAACAAAGUUUACGUAUGCAACCGAUGAUGGCACCAUCAAUGCCAAACAUAAGCAAUAUGUACCAGCAACAACAAUCGGCAACGCAAUAUCCAAUGCAUCAAACAAAUUUAACGACCAAUCAACUGCAACAGAUGGCAGCCAGUCAGAGUAUGCAAAACGUUAACGUGAAUUCGGUAACCAGCGAUCAGUAUCAAAAUGGUCCGUUUGCAGAGGGUAAUCUACCGUCUGGGUAUAUGCAGCAACAUUCACCUGCUAGUUUGCAAACUUUGCGUCGUAAUAUGAGAUCUGAUGUGUUAUCGAGUAGUCAUCAAACGAAUGCCGUUAAUGCUGCUGGCGGUGAAAAUACGAGCCAACAUUCACCGCCUAAUCAAAUAAACGCAUCGCAGCAGCAGGUAUUCUUACAACAGCAGCAGCAGUCCAAUUUUAUUACCUUGCCUCCAAAACCGGGUGGCACGCAACAACAAGCAAUAGCAUCCAAGCAGCAAUUACCGCCUACGGCACCUAAACCACAGCAGCAACAGCGUCCACCAGCUACGUAUUUGCAACAAAAUCUAUAUCAACAACAGCAGCAGCAACAACAACAACAAACAGUGGACGAAAAGCCGCCUUUACCACCCAGCACAACACAUCCCCUAUAUAAAGCAGUUCAGCAAAUAACGCCAGGUAUGAAUUAUGUUGCCAGUACUUUGGAUCCGCCUAAAGGCGGCUAUGUACCUGUCUCAGGUAACACGUUACAAAGCCAUAGAAACAUUACUGGCACCAAUCCAUGGGAACGGGAAGAAAGGGAAAAAGAAGUGGAAAUGCGUCGAGAACAUAUACGCCAAUGGCGUGAACAACAAAUCAACGAAUUGUCCGCUAUACCGCAGCGUAGUCCACAACAAGAGGAACAGUUGAAAACAUUAAUUCUUGAAAGAGAUUUCGAAAGGCGUGCUCAAGAGCUCGAAGAGCAAGAAGACGAAAGUGAACCCUCUUACGAAAAAGAACAGUUACAAGAAGUAUUCCGUUUAACGCAAAAUCAAAACACCACCAUACAAACACCAGUAACAAAUUUCCGACAAACGGAAAUUAAGGUCGCCUCCGUCAAUAAUACGAAUUCGAGCAGCCCAAGUGUAAAUGCUGGCGAAAUUUCGCCACCAUCGUCAGCGCAUAAUUCGGCAGGUUCUGAAACUACACAGCAUACAUCUACUCCGGCAACGUCUGCCAAUAGUAGUAUAACUAGUAGUAUUAGUGGUGGUGUCACAACUUCCACUGCGCCAAUCAAUAGCAGUAUCAUGCAACCUAAAUCAAUAUUGAAAAAUAACCGUUAUGAUGGCACCAACCUGGCACCGUCCUCGCCGUCCAAAUCGCAAAAAUCCACCAGCUUCGCUGACGAUCGUCAUUUACAAACAGAGCAUUCUAUUUCCAGUUUAGCCCGAGAUAUUUCUCAGUUAAACCUUAACAACACUACUACUAGCAAUAGCAAUGUUGUAACAACAACUAUCAGUCCAAUAUCAACGGCACCUAUAACAACUUGUAAUAACUCUGAUUAUAAUCUGAAUAAUGACAAUAAUAAUACGCAAACACCACCACCACCACCUGAAAGGAAUAGCUCAUAUUUAAUUAUGUCUCAACAAAAGUUACGUAAUUCCACGAAUUCAGCUAUCGGACUUUUGAAAACUGCUACAAGCAAUUCAGCCGAUUUACAAAAGAAAACGGCGACCAAUUUAAUCAGUAACAGAGUAAGUAACAAUAAUAGUCCAUCAACAUUGACUGCUCAGCAGCAAUUGUCACCAUCAUUGGACCUAUUUAAUGUCAGCGGUUCCAGUAUGAAUUCAACGAGUAUGUUAUUACGGGAUAAUAAACGCGUAUCAUUUCAUGACGAGGAUAAUAAUUACCUGCCCAGUACUCAGCUGAGUACAUAUACUAAUGAAAGUCAAUUCAAUAAUUCUAUAACAUCGCCUUCAAUAUCAGAGCAUCAACACCAUAAUCAUCAUCAUCAUCAUCAUCAUCAUCAUCAGUCGACAACAAAUUCCAAUACAUCGACAUCAACCGAAUUGAAUACGAUACGAGAAGACACCAGUUUUCUUCAACAAAGCUUAGAUGCUUCUAUGUUGCCAUCAAUGCCUGCUACGCCGGAUACAGCUGCUUGGAAUACAACUGUACAAUCAACUCCUGGCGUUAUAGGAGCUCAAGAAGUGUAUAGAGAUCCACGCCAGCGCCGGCUAGCGGAAAAGCAACAACAGCAACAACAACGCAGCACAGAAGCCGUACCAGAGAAGUUAUCAUUUAAGGAAAAAAUGAAAAUGUUCGCUUUAGACUCCGGUGAAGAUCACACUCCAAAGGAUAAAUUGAAAAUAUCGAGAGCUCAGCGGGACAUAGAUGCUGUCCAUUAAAUCGGAUUUCUCUAUAUAUUCACAUAAAGAAAAGCAUUGAUAAAAUGGUUAAAUCUAUACACACCAUUCAGUACAAUAGUGGAGCGAAUGGAGGCAAUAAUCGAUUACUUUAUUUAAAUAAUAAAUAAAGGCAAUACACAAAUAAUAAUCAUUGAAUAUUAUAAUAUUACACACAUAUACA